UGCACCCAGUAUAUUUUCUAUAUACGGUAGGUUCGCGAAACAACCUGCUGUCCGAGCGGGGAGGUUAUGUUAGAGACGGGUGUGCGACGGGCGUUGCUUCUUCACCGCGAAAAACCCGGGGAACGCGCGUUACCCGCGUGUCGUACGUCGCGCGACGUGUGCACCUAGGAUUCCCAGCCGGGACGAACGGAACGUGGUUCCAGCGACGACGACGGGGCAAUGUCGUCGCGACGCGCAUUCGUCAACUGCGACCUCGAGGAAGGCUAAGUGUCGGAAAUUACAUAAUACUCAUUGUUACUUGCUGAAGUCAAUGGAUGCAAUCAUGUAGAGAGGUAGAUGUCGUCUAGAGGUAGAAAAGGGAAAGAUGACGCCGCAUUUCACAACGCUGACUCCAGUGCGAAAGCGAUGUCUAAUCGUGCUGCUGCUGGUCUUGGUUCCGUGUGCGAUCCUGAAUCUGCUGACGCCGUCAGACAUGCGCGAGGAGACUGUACUGCAGAACAGUAUCGCCGAGCUGCAGGCCAAGCUGGAGCAUCUGCACGCCAAAUACAUUGGCAGCCAGGAGGAAAUAAACUUGCUGUCGCAUCAAUUGCUACAGCUGAUCGAGAGCAAUCACAUUUUGCCAGAUCUGCAGCUGCUCAUCAACAACGGCACCUCCAACGUCACCAACAUCAAGCUGCCCUCGAUCUACAAUUUUCUACCGCAUUUCCUCAACGAUCCGAAUAGCCUGCGACCCGCGUUCGCGCAGAGCAAAGGUAGAUCGGGAGUGAGCAUGGUGCUGGGAGUACCAACGGUAAAACGCGAGGUUCAGUCUUAUCUUAUGGCAACGUUGAAAAAUCUGCUGGAUCGCAUGAGCACUGCAGAGACCGCUGACACUCUCAUUGUCGUUUUGGUAGCUGAAACAGACAUUGACUACGUGACGUAUGUUGCGAAGCAAAUUGAAGUUCAAUUUCCAAACGAAUGCGAAGCUGGCGUGAUCGACGUGAUCUCACCGUCAUUCUCAUAUUAUCCAGAUUUAUCAAAAUUGCGCGACACUCUUGGUGACGAUCAUCAACGUGUCGUUUGGCGGUCCAAGCAGAAUCUGGAUUUUGCUUUUCUCAUGUCUUAUGCCCAGACCAAGGGCAUGUUCUAUGUACAAUUGGAAGAUGAUAUAUUGGCUAAGAAGAACUUUAUAACUACUAUGAAAUCCUUCGCGUUACAAAAAAUUGGCACAAAGGAAAACUGGUUUGUCCUUGAUUUCUGUCAGCUCGGCUUUAUCGGCAAACUGUUCAAAUGCGUGGAACUUCCCUGGCUGAUCCAAUUCUUUUUAAUGUUCCACAACGAUAAGCCUGUUGAUUGGCUAUUGGACCAUUUAAUAUCGACAAAAGUCUGCAGUCUCGAUAAGGAUAGCAAACAUUGUAAAAUGGCUAAAGCGGAAUUGUGGGUGCAUUAUAAACCUUCUCUCUUUCAACAUAUAGGAACCCACUCCUCCUUGAAAGGAAAAGUGCAGAAGCUUAAGGACAAACAAUUUGGCAAGAUAACGCUAUUUUACGCUCAUGAGAAUCCUGAAGCAACUGUAGAGACUCAGAUCAAGCCUUACAAACAAUAUACACUACAAAAAGCAUACAAAGGCGAGUCAUUCUUUUGGGGCUUGCUACCUCAACCAGGAGAUCAUCUAAAGUUUAAAUUUUCACAUCCUAUUUUUAUAAAGAAGUACUUAUUCAGGAGUGGAAAUCCUGAACACCCGUCUGAUAGAUUUUACAAUACGACGGUAGAAGUAUUGUCCGAGAUGUCUCCGUUGUUAGAUAGAAACAGCAACGAUGUGACGGAGGACGGUUAUGUUAUUAUAGGUAAGUUUGAUGUACUUGGCGUUGCCGAAGGGAUCGUGGAUCGAAAACUGGGUAAGGUGUCGGUGCUUCGUUUAACUAUACACAGUGAAAGCGAAAACUGGGCCAUUCUGUCCGAGAUUCACAUAAUAGAGGAUCAGCCUAGCUGACUAAAGGAUGAAGAAUCUCGAGUACUCUUUCGGUACCACUUGCACGGUUAGCAUAAGCGACUGAUUUUCUAAAUGUUUAUUAAUUAUUUAUAUUUUUUUAUUAUUUUGCCGUCGUGUUAUUACAUUGAAUGGAUCAUUUGUUAAUUCAAUACCGUCCAUUACAAACAGAUAUAUGUGUUUAACUUAACUGAAACGGGCCACUAGGUCGAACAUUUUGUAUGGCUUCUUUUCUUAGUACACGCGUUUUAGCAUUUGUUGGAGCGCAAAAAUCAGGUGGUAAUGUAAUGGAUUUGCCUCUGGUACACUUUUGCGAAUAAUCAGUUUACGAAUGUAUACAAUGGCAUAUUGUUGAGUCUGGAGUUCUGUAGCAUAAGUGUUUUUCUUUUGCUUUGUGUAAGAUCACGUUUUAGUUUGGGAAAUUUAACUGAACUGUACCUGUUGUUCGCGCAUCUCGAUUUCGCUACUAAUCACUCGCGUGUUAAUCCUUCCGCAUGCAACAUUCAUGGUUCACACUCGGUGGAUAAGGGUGAGCCUUUAAUUUGCAUUGCUAAACUUAUUGUCGAACGUGCGACGCGAGAAUGUCGAUUCAGAUGUUUGUGCAUCAAACAAACGGUGAUAUGAAGACUAUAUUCUUCUAAUGUACGAAUAAUUAUUUAUUUCGCGUAGCUUUCUUUAUAUAUGUAUAUAUAUUGUCUGUCUGUAUACUCCUAUACAUAUAUCUAUAACAAUAAAAUAUAUUUUUGUGACAAACAUUGUAUAUCAAAGUCAACGAUGCACUAUAUGUAUAUUAUAUCUUGCAGUCUGUGUAUAAGGAGGUUCAUUAAGUGGGAAUAUUAAAAAAAAAGAAUAA